CGGGUUGCCGAACACGCAGUUGGUGUCGUUUUUGCGUUCCCAAAGUCACAUGGUCACCCGACGAAAAUCAUAUUUUUCUAUUUUAUUGUAGUAUAUAGUUUUUAACUUAAUUUACAAAUUUGUUUUAUCCGUUUUUAAUUUAAAUGUUGUAAUUUUUAUCGUCGUCGGUGAACACAAAUAUCAGUGGAUUUCGACAUCUUGCUGUAAUUGUCCAGAAAAAACACGGGAACAUUUCUCGAAAAGUAUGGUUUAAUUUUUUAGCAAGUGUUACUAAAAGUAUUCCGGUCGAGAAUUUCGUGUUUAAACUCUCAUCGUUCUACGCAAAACAUGUCGGAGUAAAGCCGUACGGUAUAGCCGAUAAAUUCGGUGUUUUUUUUUUUUUUUUAAACAUUCAUUAUGAACAAACCGGUCACACCGACAGUUGCCAUGUCUUCGAAAAACGUGUACAAUAAAGAGAACAUACGGACCAAAAAGCAUGUACCCAACGAAGAAGACAACGUCACAAGUAAAGCCGUACCGAAUGAAGACAAACUGCACGAACUGAACAAGUGCGAAGAAGGCAGCGAAAACGAAUAUGUGGCUGACAAAAAAAAAUUUGUCGAAGCACCAUUACCAAAAACCAAUCCGUGGACUGCCAAUAUUAACGCUGCAAACGUAGUUCGUCCUAAAGAAGUCGGCAAAGAAAAAGACCCGGUGGUCGGCGAAAAACGGAUCUUGCAACCGCAGCAACAAGCUUUAUGUGACACUUCAAGCAGCAAAUUAUUGAAUAACAACAACAAUAAUAAAUUCACAAAGACUAAGAAAAAUAAAGAGUUAAAUAGUAUUGAAGCAUGGCCGUCUUUGGGCAACACUCAAAACACAGACAAAAAAAAUACUAUACAAAACGACUUACCUUUAAAUAACGCCCAAAUAAAUGUACCCAAAGUAUCUAAUUCUGUGUCUGCAAAAGACGCACAAACGUCGACCAGAGAAAUAACGCCUGGUAGAAAAUCCUGUCAAAAAUUGAAUGGAUUUCGAAAAAACGAAACCAGUAAUUAUUCUCAGACAACCAGUGAACAAGAAAAUGGAACUAAUUCCGGUCAUUCGUCAUCUAACGAAUCUAAUAAUGUUGAGAAGAAAAAAAAAGUAAAACAUUCUAAAUGGACGCCGUUAGACAUAGAAAUAUCCAAGGAAAAUAGUUAUAGAAGUCGAUUGUCAAAAUACCGUAGGGAUAGAUCAGGCGGAUACGAAAAAAGUACGAAUCAAAUCAGAAAUAAAAAUAGUCGCAAAACGCCCGAUACGUCAGAUACGGCCGUUUCAGAUUCUGAUAAACGCGAUGGAGGACCGAUGCGCUAUCUACGGCCCCAGCGGUUUCGUAAUAGAACACAUGAUGAUGAAGCGAAAGCUGGGUUCCAAAAAAGUUUAGCCGAUGGAAAAAAUGUAAAUUUUAAUUAUAAAGGAAGUGAUGUGUUAUAUUCGGCUCCAUCCCGUGUGAAUUAUAAUCAACCUUAUUGUGAACUAGUCCCGUUCAUGACUUAUCCAGUCAUAAACGAACAAACUGUGAUUAAUCUCCUCAAACAACAGAUAUCUUAUUAUUUUUCUACAGACAAUCUAUGUAAAGACACAUUCUUCAGGUUUCAUAUGGACGAUGAUGGUUUCGUGCCUGUGACUUUUAUUGCAUCAUUCAAACGCGUCCGAGAACUUAGUCAAGAUGUUAGCCUCGUUUUGAAGGCCAUGAUCGACAUGGAGGAAUUAGAAAUCAAAGGUCAUAUGGUUCGAAGUCGAAACGAUCCUACCAAAUGGCCAUUGAAAGAAAUUCCACAACAGUUUUUGUUUAAAAACAACUUAAGUGCUCAACAUCCGUUAUUUGCUCAUCCCAUGGGACCCCCUUCCAUAGUGCCAUUAAUAUCGCCAGAUUUAAUGGUGAAAAAUUUGCCGGCGCCACCUCCUAUACCUAGCGUUCACGUUGUUCCGGAUCCACUGACUAUGAAUUUAAAUCCAGAUGUGCCGGAAUUUAUUCCAAGAAGCGGGCCCACUGAAUCAAAGACUGACGAUAACUGUGAUAGAAACGACUGUCAACAACAGCUCGCUUCCAAUGACGACUCGAAAACUGUCGAUAAAUGUGUUGAGACUUCUGACUUAUCCAAUAACAAUACUGCUGCAGAUCAAGAUUCUAGUUCUUGUAAUAAGAAAAAGUUGGAUCGUUCUAGUGAAAAAAUUACCGAUAUCGAAUGUUUAGAUAAUGGAAGUAGCAAAGACGAUGACUUAUGGAAAGAGGUGAAAAGGCGCUCGAAAACUAAAAACAAUUCUAUUAUGGCAUCAGAAGUGCCGUAUACAACUGUAGCGACAUCUACAAAACGUGACACUCAUGCCGACAAACAUACUUCUAGUUCUUGGGAUCUCGGUUUUCAGUUUGACGAGGACCUCGCCGUAGUUCCAUCAGGAAAGAUAAACAAGUUUAACGACGAUCCUUUAGGUUCUGAUAGCGAAUCGGAUUACGAAGACAAGGACGAUUUUGAUGACAAAGACCUUGACAAACUGAUGAUAAUCACUCAAAAAGCGAUUGGACGGCCACCAAAACAAGAAGAUCGUUCCCAUGACAAAACCACUCGUGUGAAAAUGACGCAAGAUCUUGAACACGCUAUUGAUCUAGGCUUAAGGUUAUAUGAAGAAGAUUUGUGGCAUUCUAACUCCCCGAGUCAGUCUUCUUCGUACAAAACAGUAAACGUAGUCACUCAUGAGGUAUUUGAAAAGCUUGUGCAGAGAGCUCCUAAAAAAGUCAAUCAAGUUCCUCCACCACCUCCGCCUUCAUCGCUAAAUAUUAAUAACUUAACUGAAAUCGUAGAAAGUUCCGAACAAAAGGAAAACAAAAACGAAACUCUAGGCAGCAAAUCCAAUACAGGAACUCAAACUGCUAAAGUCAAGUUUGAAGUUCAUAAACCAAAUCGCCGACAUUUCUAUGGAGAUAUCGAUGAAUCUUCAGGAUAUAGAAAACGAAGUCGUUUUAACACGGAUAGCGAACAUCAUGUAGGUUGGGUGUUGGAUUCUCGAGCACACACAAGACAGCGUACAACAUCAUUCAAUAAUAAUGCGACAUUAGGAUCUAGCCCGAGUGAAGGCUAUUUGUCUAGCACUCCACAAUCUUUACCAACUUUCCAUCACCCUUCUCAUGCUUUGCUCAUGGAAAACAACUUCACUCAACAAGCUUAUCACAAAUAUCAUUCGCGCUGCCUGAAAGAGAGAUCAAGACUUGGACCUGGAUUAUCUCAAGAAAUGAAUACAUUGUACAGAUUCUGGUCGUUUUUCUUACGAGACAAUUUUAAUAAAAACAUGUACAAAGAAUUUCAGUCUAUGGCCGUGGAAGACGCCAUUAGCGGUUUUAGAUACGGACUAGAAUGUUUAUUCCGAUAUUACAGUUACGGCCUUGAAAAAAAAUUCCGGCCAGAAUUGUAUAAAGAUUUUCAGGCGGAAACCAUUAAAGACUAUGAAAAUGGUCAACUCUAUGGCCUGGAGAAAUUUUGGGCUUUUCUGGAAUACUACAAAUACAGUAAAACGUUACAAGUAGACCCGAAACUAAAACAAUACCUUAACAAUUUCAAAACUCUCGAAGAUUUUCGUAAAGCGGAAGAACAAUUACCGAAAGGCGAAGGCUAUUUGGACGCUUCCAUGAGAAAAAUGGCUCGUAUGAAACGCCAAAGGAGUUAUUCGGAAAACUCCACUUUGGACAGAUUGAAAAUGGCUUCAGAUUCGGUUCCGAAAACUUCAGCCACUACUUCUAACGUUCCAUCCGUUAGCAAUGAUACGAACUGGCGAAAAAAUACAGCUACACCUAGAAGAAGAUAUUUGUCUGUCGGCGACAAAACGGGAGACUUAAAGUCUGCUAAAAAUCAAUCUAAGGUUAUGUUUGAAUUGAAAAAUUCAAAAGAAUCGUCAACCAUACAAGAAAGCUCAGAAUCGCCGAAAAAAUGCAAUUCCAUCGAAACUUGUUGAGUAUAUACAUAUAUAUAUAUAUAUUUAAUUAUUUAGUUAAAAAUUAAAAAAAAAAAAAAAAAAAAUAUAUAAUUAGAAACCUUGUUAAACCAAAUUUGAUUAUUACUAUAAACACAUUUUUCUGUUGUUUUUUUUUUUUGUAACAAGAUUUUUUUAAAGUCUAGAUUAACACAUCUAUUGAGACAAAGGACACAUAGGUCUAUAUUAUUUUAUUAAAAUUCUUUGUAUACUUUUUAUAUAUAUAUUUUCAAAAUGUUCAGAUUAAUCUGUUGAAAUAUCAACUCGGAAAUAUAUUGACACGCUAACUUAAAAAAAAAAAAAGAAGCUAUUUCAUAUUUUAUAUAUAUAUAUAUAAUAUAUAAUUAAAAUCAGGAAAAAUUUUAAAAGACUGAAUAUUAUUAAUUUCGCUAUUUUGUCUUGAUACAUAUUUUUUCUACUGCUUUGUCCCAUCAGCUGUGAAAGUAUUGUAUACCAAUUCUAACUUAUUCUUUUUGAAAAACCCUAGUCAACGCGGCUUAGUAAAUUUUAAUAGCAUUUUAUGUAGAAGAUUUCUGAAAUUGUCUGUGUAAGACCGAAACUAUAAUUUUAUAAUUUCUUAAAUGAAAAAAACUAUUUAUAAAAAAAUAAUAAUAGCAUUUACUCAAAAAAAAAAAAAAAUUGAAAUUUCAUUAUUAUUACUAUUAUUAACAUCAACAACAAAAAAACAGUACAUAAGAGUGUUUUCGAUUUUUAUUGUUAAUAUAUAUAUAUUUUUUUUUUUUUAACGUUUAGGUUUUAAUCGCCAUGUAAUUUUUUGAAAACAUUUAUUCGCUAGUGUAGUCUUAGUCGUGGGGUCGGGGCUCUACAUAUCUCGUAUAUUUAUUUUUUAUCGUUCCAACAUUUGGAUUAUAUGUACAUAAUCAAUCUAACAGUUUGCCAUAAAAAUAAUAUAUAUUAAUAAAAUGUUUGUAUUUUAUUACUAAUAUUAAAGUCGUCAUUGCUUGUUUGUUCGAGCGUGACAAGACUCUUAUCACAGGGUUUUAUAGUCUUUUUAUAUAUUUAAAUAGAUCGAUUCGUAUGCAUGUGUGUACAUAUAAUCGAUUUUGAAAGCUUGCAAUAUAAAAUAUAUUAUAAUAAAACCAGAACAAUUGAUUACCUCAACGCUGUUUUGCUAUAAUAUAUAAAUAUAUUAUAUAUAUACACUUUUUUUUUUCUUAACCAGUUAUGGUCAUAAACAUUUACGAUGAAAUUGUUGUUAAGUAGUUGUUGUAGUUGUUUAUUCAUUAAAAAUUAUUAUUUGUAUUCAUAUUAACCAACUAUUUAUAUAUAUAUAUAUUAUAUUAUAUAUUUUUUCUCUCUUAACGUCAUAAAGGCAGUCUGUCAUUGAGUGAAAAAAAAAACAUGUAUCCGAAAGCAAAUUUGAUAUUAUUGUGUUCAGUGUACUUUUUCGUACUAAUAUUAGUAUAUAAUUUAAAAACAAAAUUUGGUAAAUCCAACCGAUGUUGUUUAUUUUUCCAAUUACAUAAUAUAUUAUUUUUAUUAUAUUAUUUUUUAAUUGUACGUAAGUUAAAUGUAUUGUAUUUUUCAAUUUAUAUAAUAAGCAAUUUGAACGGUUACUCCGUAGUCGCUUUUUUCAAUGGUUUAGUAUGGCAGUACCCGUUGAGUCCAAAUUUGUUUAUACUGACUUCUCUUUAUAUAAAAAAAAAAAAUUAGUUCUUUCAGUUCUUGUUAUUUUUUUUUUUCUUUCAAAAAUGGCACCGUCGUUAUAUUUUGAGUGAUUUACAUUGUGUACAAUAUUUUUAAUAAUUUCAAGUCGAACGUCAUCUUACGUUUUUAAUAUACUUCAGGUGAUCAUAUGUUCUAAGUAUAAUAUUUAUUUUUUAAGUGUUUAAGUUUGUUAAAUGCUACUUUGCUGAUAUAGUUUGGUAAUAUCAUUAUUUUUAUAUUAUAUAUAAAUAUAAUACACAGUAGUAGUAUAUACUAUACAUAAUUAUUAUUAUUAUUAUUAUGUUCAACUACAUAAUAUAUUGUUCUUAAUUUUUGUUUGUGUAAAAUAGUAAUCGUAAUCUUAUAAAACGCAUUGUGUAUGUUUAUUUUUCCUAUGCCUUUCGAUUAAGUUGAGCAUCGUCGUCAGCGAUGGUAUUUUAUUCUUUUCAAGUACUUUUUAUCGCGGUGUAUUAAAAAUAACAAUUUAUAAUAUAAUUGUUUUACAUUUU